UUGAUGUGUUAAGUGAAGAAAGAUAAUAUUUUUAUCGCAUCUACCAGAACCACACUGGACUUUCCGAAAUAGCAGCUGGAGAGAAAUUUAACUGGAAAAAAAAAAACCGAACGUAAACUUUGAAAGUUGCUAUCCUGACCAGGCCGGCUCCGCAAUUAUGCCGACCAAAUAUUUCAUUCAGAAUAAGCGUAAGAGUUUAGACCAGGAUUUCUUUGCUGAGUGUAUGCAGAAUGAUCAAAAACGGCAAUGUUUAGGACUUCUGAACUAUGACAGAGGUUGUGAAUGGAAACAGGAAGAAUCUGUUGCCGAAAUAAACCCGGCAUCAGAUAUGGAAGAAACUAUGGAAGAAGGUGAAGUUAGCAAUGGCUGUGGAAUGAUGCAAUUAGAAAAUAGCAGCAAUGGCUUCAGCAACAACAACAACAACAACAACAACAGCAGCAUUGUCAAUGAAAACAACAAUAACACUUUUCAUCAUCAACAACUUCAGCAACCAACAGACUUUGCUUCAUGUGAUGAAACUACAUUCGUCCAGGACCCUAAACACAAUGAGCAGAAUUCAGAUUCUAAACCAAAGGAAUCGUACCAAAUACAGUCUGAGAGUUCAUCAUCUUCAACACCAACUUAUUAUCAGAAAUUUAAUACCACUUUAGGGCCAGCAGAUAGGUUCUGUGUAGGUGGUGCAUUUGGCUACCAACUUGGGCUGAAUCGUUCCUACUGCAAGCCCUCUUGGGACACUAUAGCUGAUAUGAGGACUUAUGUGUCAGACUAUUACUGAGAUUAAGUUGAUGUUUAAUUUUUUUUGUUGUAAAUUUUUUUUUAUUUUCUUUCAUUCUUCAUUUUAUGUGACUCUUUGUUCACACUUUCAUUAUUAUUUUUAUAAAAUACCAGCUGAUUAUAUUAUAAAUAUCUCAAAGUUUUUUUUUUCCUCUUUGAAAUCAUAUUUUCACACACCUUUUAAAUUCAUAAUUGUUCAUAUAAAAAAAAAAGAAAGAAGAGAUAUCCAAAUCUCUUUGAAAUUAAAAUAUUUUCAAUGGUUCUGGGGGACUUGUCAUUUGAUGAUGGGGGAUUUAAAGAAAAAGUUGGAAGAAAAAAGUGGAAACACAACGACCGUCUGGUUAAGGUGCUGGAGACACAUGCAAAUGUUGCUGCAGUUGUUGUUCUCUGUCCUUGGACAAGAGACAUUUUUUGUGUAAACUCCAGUCUUAGUAAUUGACAACAGGUUCCCCAUUCUUACUUCACAAUUGUGUUGUGUAUCAGCUGGUGUUGGAAGAGCACUAACUUCAACAAUAUGAAAAAAAGAAAUUGAAAAAAAAAAAAAAACAAACCCAGAAAGAAAAGAAUUAAUAUUUCCAAAGAUCCAGCCCCACCUAUAUCUGUAUGAAAUGGUGGAGAGUAAAGGAGUUAAAGAAAAAAAAACUAGGAAAAGGAAGAAAAAUGAAAAAUAAUUUUCUUUUCUUUUUUUUUUUAAUUGGUUUGUAUAUUUAUGUUUAAGAAUCACAAAUAGCUGAGUUGGUUAAGCAUCGCAUUAAUGGAUUUUAGUCUCUUCCUGGCUCUGUAGAAUGCUCAGUUAAGUUUGCCCAACUAUAAAUGAGCAAUGAAGUUCAGUGUAGUUCCCUGCUGAAACCAUUGACAUCAAUGUAUAACUAAUAUAGUCAAGAGUGUCUUGUUAAGUUAUAGUAAUCACCUGAUCAACCAGACUAUCAGACGUUGUUAUACCUCACUGGUCACAGUGCACUUUGCAUCGUUUUUAGGCUUUCAAAUGGUGCCAUCCCACUGGUUAGGCAAGCCAGUCCAUCACAGGGUCACCCAUUCACAGCCGAGCAGACUGGAACAAUGUGAAGUGAAGGGUUUUGCUCAAGAACUUUUAAUAUUCAACUCAAAUGUUGUUUUGGUUUGGAGUGUGGGGGGUGGGUGGGGGUGGGGACGUCUUCAGAUGAA